ACGCCCAUUGCCCAAUAUGGGCAUACACCGCACUCGGCGCUGGCCACGCCCCCAUCUGUACUGGUCACGCCCCAGGCCCUAUAAGGCCACGCCCACCGUUAGGCGCCGGUCACGCCCACCGCCCGCGGCCUCCGGGCCGUGAGGGGGCGCCCUCGCGCGGCCGCGCCUCUCCGGAAAGAGCCGAGCGGCGGCGGAGGUGGCCGAAGCGGGGCGCGGGGACGAUGGCGCAGCAGGUCGAGCAGCUGCGGGCGGACGGCGUGGACAAGGAAGUGCUGCGGGAGGGCACCGGGCCGCUCCCCGACUUCCGCGAUGGCACCAAGGCCACUUUUCACUACCGAACGCUGCGGUGCGGGGAUGAGGAGCGGCCUCUGGACGACAGCCGCGCGCGGGGGAAGCCCAUGGAGCUCAUCGCGGGGAAGAAGUUCAAGCUGCCGGUGUGGGAGGCGGCGCUGCGCACCAUGCGGCCCGGCGAGAGGGCGCGCUUCCGCUGCGACACCAAGCACGUGGUGCUCUACCCGCUGGUGGCCAAGAGCCUGCGCAACAUCGCGGCGGGGAAGGACCCUCUGGAGGGGCAGCGGCACUGCUGCAGCAUCGCCCAGCUGCACGACCACUACUCCCUGGGCUACCCCGACCUCGAUGAGCUCCAGAAGAACCCCCAGCCCCUCAUCUUCGAUAUCGAAGUGCUCAAGGUGGAGGCCCCUGGCUCCUACGAGCAGGACCCGUGGGCCAUGACGGAUGAGGAGAAGCUUCAGGCCGUCCCCCAGAUCCACAAGCAGGGCAACGAGCUGUAUCGGCAGGGCAAGGUGCAGGAGGCAGCUUCCAAAUACUACGAUGCCAUCGCCUGUCUCAAGAACCUGCAGAUGAAGGAGCAGCCGGGCUCUCCAGACUGGAUCGAGCUUGACCAGAAGAUCACACCCCUUCUGCUAAAUUACUGCCAGUGCAAACUGCAGUGCGAGGAGUACUACGAGGUGCUGGACCACUGCUCCUCCAUCCUCAACAAGUAUGAGGACAAUGUCAAGGCUUACUUCAAGCGGGGAAAGGCCCACGCAGCGGUGUGGAACGUGGCGGAGGCACAAGCUGACUUUGCCAAAGUGCUGGCCCUCGACCCCUCGCUGCGUCCCGUCGUCUCCAAGGAGCUGCGGAGUCUGGAAGCGCGCCUGCGUGAGAAGGACGCCGAGGACAAGAUCCGCUUCAAGGGCAUCUUCUCGCAGUAGAGAGCCCAACGCUCUCUGAACAGGUUCUUUUAGAUAUUCCACAUGUGGAAUGGUCAUCGAUGUUUAUUAAUGUUUAAUACAAAUUUUACUUAUUUGAAGUCGUUUGAAGUGGUCCGGGAGCUGGCCCCAGCCCGGUGACACUGCAGUGCACUUAAAGUCGCAGUAUUAAGCAGCGCAUAGCGAUCUCAGUCCAAGCACGAAGCUCCUUGCCGGGCUCUCGGCUACGCUCGUCAUUACCCCAGGAAAAAGACGCUGGGGAUGAUGUGCACUCAAGCCCACUGCUCCCUGCCAAGCGCUUUUAUUCGUUGUUUUGAUGGUGUUAUACUUUCCGUCGGGCUGAGCCGCCACGCCUGGGGCAGCCGAGCUGUUUUAUGGUUGCAGGGGCUGCGGGCAAAGCCUUAGCCCCGUCUCCUACCCCUCCGUGCCUGUACUGUGCGCCAUGUCCUGCACCGUCACUUCUCAAGGCUGCUGCAUCAUCCCAAGCCGGCGCUUCCUCUCCAUCGUCAUGUCAGCGUCGUAAAUAUUUUAUAUAGAAUAACUGCUCGUUACUGCUAUCUAUAUAA